UUAUGAAAGUGCGUAAGUAAGCACCUCAAUUUACAGCAUCAGCCUACUUUAAUAAAUAGUUUAAGAGAGUACACAAAUCCAUAAAUUUAGAUAUCUCUAAGUGAUUAUAAAAAUAGAUAUGUUGUUCUAUUCUUCUAUCCUUUGGAUUUUACAUUUGUAUGCCCAACAGAAAUAAUCCAGUUUUCUGAUCGAGUCGAGGUAUAUUAAUGUGGUUAUACUAGGAAUUCAAAGCUAUAGGGUGUGAUAUUUUGGGUGUCUCUGUAGACUCUUAAUUUUCUCAUAUGAAAUAUUGUAAAUAAACACGUAAUAAUGGAGGAUUGGGUGAAAUGUAAUUUCCUCUGAUUUCAGAUUUAAGCUAGGUAAUUGUCAAUCUCUAUACAAGGAAAUCUCUAAAAAAUAUGGAGUUAUAAUAGAUGAUUCUGAAGAUCCAGAUUUUGGUGUUGCUUUCAGAGGGACAUUCAUAAUCGAUGGAAAAGGAGUCCUCAGGCAUUUUUCCAUUAAUGAUUUACCUGUGGGUAGGAAUGUAGACGAAGUCUUAAGGUAUGCAAUUAUUGAAAUUACAAUAGAUUAGUGUAAGCAUUUAAAUUUACAGAUGAACAUGGAGAAGUCUGUCCUGCACAAUGGAAACCAGGAUAGCCAACUAUGGUUACAAAUCAUGCUGACCCAAAAACUUAGAAAUAUUGGAAUGAAGAACAUAUAAAAUAAGCUAAAUGAUUAAUAAUUC